ACACUGGUUGACCCUGGAUUUCUGUUUGCGGCACACAACACACUUUUACAAUGGCUGACAUGAUGAUGGGAUGCAUUACAAAUUUCUUCGUCUAUGAAACAGCCAAAUCUGUUGUGGUGAAGAGCUGGACUGUGGGAGUCAUCAACCGUGUUGCUCAGCUUCUAAUUAUUCUGUACUUCAUCUGUUGGGUAUUUCUGCACGAAAAAGCAUAUCAGAACCGAGACACAGGAAUCGAGUCUACAGUUAUGACUAAAGUCAAGGGCAUUGGCACCUUGAACGACCAAGUGGUGGAUCCAGCAGACUACGUAUCUCCACCACAGGGCUCUUCAACAUUCUGCAUUAUUACCAGAAUGAUCAUCACAGACAAUCAGACGCAAGGAGAAUGCCCUGAGAGUGAAAAAACAUUCUCAUGCUCGACUGAUUAUAACUGCACUGACCGAAAGGAUGCACAUUUAGCCAAUGGUAUACUAACAGGCAGAUGUUUGAACAAUGACUCCUAUGAAGGACAGUGUGAAAUUCAAGGCUGGUGUCCUGCAGAGAAUGACAACCAAACAGUGUAUCCAAUGAAAGAGGUUGAAAACUUUACUAUCUUUAUCAAAAACAGCAUCCGCUUUCCUCGUUUUAAUGUCAGUAGAGGAAGUAUCGACUCUGAAUUAGACCCUUCAUAUAUUAAGAACUGUACUUAUGAUGCAGUGGAGAAUACCGACUGUCCCAUAUUUAAAGUGGGAUAUAUCCUGGAACAAACCGUUCAAACAAACAUUGCUGAAAAAGGAGGAGAGAUUGCUAUUAACAUAGCCUGGAAGUGCAAUCUUGACCACGACGAGAAGAACUGCAAACCUCAAUUCUCCUUCACACGAUUAGAUGGCGUGUCCAAAGUGUCCAAAGGCUACAACUUCAGGUUUGCUAAAUACUACAAGUCUGCGGAUGGUACUGAAUAUCGAACGCUUCACAAAGCCUAUGCCAUCCGUUUCGAAAUAAUUGUGUCAGGCAAUGCAGGAAAAUUUAGCACUGUGCCAUUUAUGAUUAAUUUUGUUGCUGCCUUGACAUCAGUUGGACUGGCUGCUGUGUUCUGUGACCUCAUCCUUCUCAACUUCCUUAAAGGGGCUGACGUGUACAAAGCAAAGAAAUUUGAAGAGGUAUCAGAAGUCAUCCAGUCACCCGUUGACAAAUCUUACAAGAGCAGCCAGAUGUCCAUUAAAUCCUUAGUAAAGAGAUCAAAUGACUCUGGAACCUUUUCUAUUGGACAACAUGAGGCAACACGAAAUGUUAACCAAAGUGAUAUCUAAAUAACAUCCACUGCUCUUUUAUGUGUAGAUUUUUAAUUAAUUGCAAAUUGUUCAACUCAUUGUAUGAACAUGUUUGAUCUGUUAGCUGUAAUCUUUCUUUGUCUGUAGACAUAUAGGCUGUAAUAUAUUAAUAAAUUGACACUAGAAGAGACAAGAUUACUCUUAUAUAGUACCAGCCAAAUGUAUGGACACACCUACUCCUCCUUUAAUAUUCAUUCCAUAAAACAUGAUAAUAUUUAAUUACUACCUAUUUUUCAGAAGAUAGAAAAACAUUCAUGUUUCAACUCUUCUCUUAUUGUAUAGGAAACAAACUCUUAAAUGUCUCUGGUAGUAAAUGAUUUAGUAUCAUGUGGUAAGGAAGUAUUUAUACUAAUGGCUUGCAUAUAGCAGACUUUUGGAUGCAUGACACUUAAAAUGUAACAUUUACCACUGUUAUAAUAAUUUACCCAAUGGGAAGAAAAAUUAAAGGAUCCCUGACAAAGAGCUAGUUAUUACUCAUUAAAUGGAAACAUAAUUCAGAAAAAAACCUAUUAGGAAACUAACGUCUCAUUAAAACAUGUUUUGUUUGGAGUGUUUCAAAUAAAAAAACUGCUGCAAAUGAGUGAAAA